AUGGUAUUUGAAAUGUUUAAACGUAUGAAUGAUAAUUUACGUCGAAGAAUUCGACGUGCUAUUUUAGCUGAACCAGAUAAAAUGCCACAACGUUAUGCAAUUCUAAUGGCAUCAGUAUUAUUUCUUUCAAUUAUUGUAACAUAUAAUGUUCUAUUUGAAAAAGAGAAACGAAAAGAAGGUUAUUUAAAUGGUGUUAAACCUCCUUCAGUAAUGGAUGUAUUUCGAGAUCGUAGUUCUAAACAAAAACUUGAACAUAUUGAAUUACAACGAAAUAUUAUGCAAGCACGAAAUAAUGCUAAAACAACAACCGUAAAUGAUUUAUAG